AUGGGGAAGGAGGCGCUGGACUACGUGCUGGUGCCUCUCGGGCUGGUGCUGAUGCUGGGAUACCACGCGUGGCUUCUGCUCCGUAUCCAACGUCGCCCGGCGACCACCGUCAUCGGCGUCAACUCCAUCAACCGCCGCAUCUGGGUCCGCCACAUCAUGGAGGAGCCGUCCGGGAAGCACGCGGUGCUGGCGGUGCAGACGAUCCGGAACAACAUCAUGGCGUCGACGCUACUGGCGUCGACGGCCAUCACACUCAGCUCGCUCAUCGCCGUGCUCAUGUCCAGCGGCGGCGGAGGCGGAGGGUCAGGAGCUGGCGGCGGGGGCCUCCUCCCGGACGCGCCGCUGGUGGUGGGCGCCACGGGUGAGGCGGCUCUGUCGGCCAAGUUCUUCGCCAUCCUCGUCUGCUUCCUGGUGGCCUUCCUCCUCAACGUGCAGUCGAUUAGGUACUACAGCCACACCAGCACCCUCGUGAACGUGCCGAUCCGAGCACACCGCCUCCGCCGCCCGGGCCUCGCCGUGGACUACGUCACCGGCACGCUCAAUCGCGGCAGCUACUUCUGGUCGCUCGGUGUGCGGGCAUUCUACUUCUCCUGCCCGGUCUUCCUCUGGCUCUUCGGGCCCAUCCCCAUGUUCGCCGCCUGCGUCGUCAUGGUCUGCGUGCUCUAUUUCCUCGACGUGUGCGAGGACUGGGAGGAAGAAAACGACGGCGAGCAGGGCGUGAGUGGUGGCGAUAAGACGUCGGAACGAGGCAAGGAUGUAGGAGACACGCAAGUGUAGUGUACGUACGUAGCGAGCUAGGACCUGAUGGAAAUGGCAAACUGAAGAAUUUAAUAGGCACUCAGGUUAACUGAGUAGAUGAU